CAUCAACACCAUCACCACAACUCUUUGGCGCAUACCUUUUCCUUUCGUUUGACAGUUUGUGUGAUCUUUGCGACCCUCUUUUGACCCUUUUGAAACCUUUAUUGGGUAGGAUAGUGACUGCGCAAGCAGUAACAUCGUGAUCAUGGCUCCGGUACGUUUCCCAUUCUCCUUUUCAAUGAGGGCGCGCAAGGGGACUUCUUUUUUUUCUGCUGCAUCACUCUCGCCACCUUUUUUCUGCCGACGUGCGGCCCAAUAUGGAAAGUGGACGGCGUGUUUGCACUCCUUGGCACAACGGACGCUCACCACCUUGCUAUCUUAUUCGAGCACCUCUGCCUCAAUUGUUUUGGAUUCUUUCUCCCUCCAUCCAGCGACAACAAAAUGCCCGAUUUCAAGUUUCGUUGUGCCUUUUGCGACCGGCCCUAUGCGGUCGUGACCUCUCUUUACCGGCAUUGCCGGGAUCAGCACGAUUGCACCGGCAGCGACCCGUCGUGGGCGUUGGCCUUCUCUUCCCCCUCGGCCCCAAGGGCUGUUCCUGUCCCGUUGUCGCGCCCGCUCCCACCACCACCACCACUCACUCAUCCUUCUCCCCCUCCUCUCCCUCCGUCGCCGCCCGCUGUGCCCCUUUUGGCCGAGCUGUCCUCUGAGGCAGUGUCCGCCGCCGAGCCAUUGGCUCUUGGAGCAGAGGCUCCUGAGCCUCUUCAACAAUAUGUUGAAGAGGUCUUGUCCCGGCCUCUGUCUUCGUUCAAGUUCCCGUCGUGGAUACCGGCAGCUCGCUCCGCCGUCUCCCCCUUGGCCUCUCCUCCGGCUUUGCGGUCGCCCUCCCCCCCGGCCACAUACGCCUACCCCCCUCCCCUUUUCCCUUGGGAGACUUCCAGGGACAACGAGCUGACUCGUCGUGGUCUGCCAGCUGCGGUCCUCGAGGACAACUCGUCACCAAGAUCACUCGGUGGCGAGAAGAGGAGCAAACGACUUCGACCCGACGGAGGGUCUGCCGGUGAAGAAGUACCGGCUAGAAAGCGUCCGCGUCAAUCAAGACGCUUACUUAGACCCACUCGACCCCGGCCGGGAGGAGAUGGGCAGGGAGGAGGACCUGUUCGCGCAGGAACUCCCCCUACCCCAUUACUUCAGUCAGCUCCCGGAGCUGAACCAGAGGCUGGUCCGAGCGGCACGCAUGGCCACUCGGGUGGUCAAACCAGCCGUCUGGGACUGGAAGAAGAAGGAGUGGGUGAGGCCCGACGCCUCUGAUUCUCGCGGCGCGGGUCGACAAGUCGACCCCGCCGACGAGAAUGACAACCAGGAGGACGAGGAGGACGACCUCCUGGAUGCAGACGGCCUACCAGAGAAGCGACGGAGGACUGGCGCCGCGACCGAGGGUCGCUUUUUUGAAAUCAAGAAAUGGGUACCGAUUCCAGCUGCUGUUGCUGAAAAGAUGUCUGAACCGAAAUACCUUGCAGACCGACGACCAGGGAUGCCCAGCCUAUAUGGCAACACGAGUGUCUACAAAGCGACAAAUGGUUAUGGAACCCUUGGGCCGAUGCCCGCAGCUGGCUAUUCAAAUGGGCCUGGCUAUGACUUGGGUGAUGGAGCUGGGCUGGGAAAUGCGACAGGUGUGCUAUCCGGAUCUGGACAGCCUGCAACGCCCACUCCGCGACGAAACAUGCCUCCCAUCAGAAAGAGCAAGAAACGCAAGGGCGGGCCUGGUAGACGCAAGGCGGUGCCUAUUGAUGCCCCUGUCGAAGAAAGCGCGGUCACAGAGAAUGAAAAUGAAACAACGACACAUACACCAACAGUCGAACAAGAACAAGAACAAGAAGGUGAUAGUGAGGGUGACGGCAGCGAAGAGGGAGAAGUCAUGGAUGUUGAUGCCUCAACUACUCAAAUCGAACCUCAGUCCGAACUCGAAGUUGAUACGCAAACCGACAGUCAAACUGCACCAGAGGCAACGGUUGAGGAACCUUCAGUGACGGCACCUGAACCAGAACCUGAACCUGAACCUGAACCAGAACCUGAACCACAGCCUACAACCGAAGCUGAUGCUAAAGUUUCAACUGAAAUUACAACAGAUGUAGUCAACGCCAUGACUACCACAACCGAUAUCGGCGCCACUGAAGAGUCCACAGUUAACGAGAUCAACCCUUCGGACGUUGUUACUCUAGCUCCUCUCACAACUGAAGCCGUUGAAACAGCUGUCAUCGAAACUGAGACUAUCGUCGAGCCUCCUGUUGAAAAGAUUACGGAACUUGAACCUGAACCUGAGCCUGUGCCUGAGCCUAUCGUUGAAACUACUGCUGAAACUGUCACCGACGAUAUCACCAAUCCUGUCACCGAACCCGCUUUCGAACCCAGAUUCAAUCCUGUUGCUCAACCUGUCGUCGAACCACUCACUCCAGAAGACCCUGAACCUGAACCUGAACCUGAGCCCGAUGUUCAAACAGAAGUUCAAACAGAAGCUCAACCCGAAGUUCAAGCAGAAGCUCAAAUCGACGUACAAACAGAAGCUCAUCCUGAACCUCAACUUGAACCUCAAUCUGAACAUGUUGCUGGUACUGAAUCUGAAGCUGAAGCUACUGAUCAACCUGAAAACCCACUCCCAGUUCUUGAAACGACAGACACAACCAAACCCACAGACAAAAGCGACGAUGAACCAAAAGAAGGCGAAGUCGACUUACUUGGCAAUUUAGAAGCCGCUGUUGAAAAGGAGGCGAACGAAACGGAUUAGGAUUUCGUUCUUGUUCAACGUCCUCCUCGAAAUGCACGCACAUUACAACCUCAACAGAAUACCAACCAAGGCGGAAUCUGGAAUACUAUGAGAACGAACUUGGCAUGGAGACCCAAAAACUGAGAAUGAGGAUUGGGCGAUGCAUACAAACAUACAAGAUUGGUCCUUUUUGCCCGGCUCAAUCUUUGCAUUUUCAGAACAGCAACAGCACGCGAAAACACACUCGUGGUGAGAACUUCGCAUUUGAGAUGAAGAUUGGAUGAUGCAACCAUAUUCAAGAUUGGACCUUUUUGCCCGGCU